GCCGGAGCAAGGAAAAGUAAAGCUAUGUUGGUUGGAUCAGUCGAGGAAGACUGCACGCAGUACCUCUUCCUCUGGGCUCUCAUAACUGGAAGAUUUGAAAUUGCCCAGUUCCUUUUAUUGACUCAGACAGACAUAAGUGCUGGAGCUCUAUUUGCGGCUACCUUUCUUCGACGUUUGGCCGAUAUCACUCGACAGACCACAGAUAGCGAAGAGCAAAGAUUUCAAGCUAGAGAGUUUGAACUACUGGCUGUGUCGAUAUUGGAGGCCUGUUACUUCAGUAACAAAGAGAAUACAAUGCAAUUGUUAGUGAUGGAGAGAAGAAGCUAUGGCAUGCUUUCCUGUAUGAUGAUAGCCUCGGAAGGGGAUUGUCGAGAUUUCAUGCAGCAUUUAGCCUGUCAAGAAUAUUUAGAUCGUGUAUGGGCUCACACUCUCCAAAUCAAUAGUUCUUCAUCUCAAUUCCUUUUUAGUUUAGUUGUAGGAACACUCUGUCCUCCUCUUGUUCCAUAUUUUGCCGAAUACGAUGAAUCGAAGUAUGGCAAGCAGAUCGAUCAGCCAGAAGCGGAAAAGAAGAGGAAGUUUACCGUUCGAUGUUACCGACGAAAAUUGAAGGAUUUCUAUCUGGCUCCAUGUGUUCGACAUGCAUACCAACUUUUAGCCAUGGUUCUCCUGUUCACUUUGUUCGUCAUCGACUUGGAAGUGGAACUUACCUUCAGUAGUCCAUUCAUGUGUUUCAUUUUAGGAUUUCUUAUAUUUUUGGCGACAGUCCAUACCCUCGAAUUUUUCAGAAUUGUCAUUUUAAACUGGAUUUCUUUUCCAUUGUUUAUCGCGGAACCAUAUAACAAACUCAUUAUUGUCGCUAUUUUCGGUUACGUUUCUGGCACAACUAUUCAAAUCCUCAUUCAUACUGUUGUACCAAAGACGUACUUUCUGGAGCAGCUAAGUCAAAUCUUCAUCGUAAUGUCCAUUUUCUUCCCUUUCAUCAAAAUUUUGCGCCUCCUUUCCAUUGGAAGGUACAUUGGAUCGAAGAUGCAGAUGAUUAGCCAAAUGGUAAGUAAUUGGUAUUUCGAAAUGGAAGAUUGA